CAUUGAAAAGUAUUGAGAAAUUAAAGUACUAUAGGAAGUCGUGCUCGUAUAGUUUGUUCGAUUGCGUCUUAUUACCAAUUGAGAGAAAUUGAUUAACAAUUUGUGGAAUUACAUAAACGAGUAAACGUCUCUUAUUUUUUCCCCUCUCACUGAAUUUAUAAACGAAAAAUUAGUGAUUAUACAGUGCUAAAGAAAAAUUCCCAAUUUUGCAUGCCACGAGGAUAAAAAAAACGAAUUCUUCAGCGUCUGGAUAUCUAACAUUUUUUUAUACACCGGCUGACAUAAAGUAACAAUCUUCGGUUUACUCCAAAAAAGAAGUGUAUCCAACAAGAGUGAUUUAAUCAUUUUCAAUGUGAUUUUCAGAAAACGUAAAAAAUACCCAUAUCUGUGAUCUUUAAUUUUUAAUCUCUAUAAUUGUUUAGAGAAAAAUUACUCGGUAAUUUUAGUGUUUAAAAAUUAAACAAAAAAUAAUAGGUGGAUCGUGUGGGUCUGCUGUUGAAGUGGAUCAGGUGAUGACUUGUACAUUUUAAUAUAUACAUAUAUACCGUUCAAAGUGAUUGUCGUAUGGAAAAAUACCGGCUUUCCAUUUUUUGCCCUUUUUUUCUUGCCAAAGCGCAAAAAAUCGCCUGACAAGAAAAAAAAUCGACAAAAGAGAAAUCGAACUACAAAACAUGGAACCUCCAAUAACUCGAUCUGACUCACGCCUUCCAAAAACUACAACAAUCAUUGAUGACUACGAAAUCAGUAAUCACGUCCUAGGCUUGGGUAUCAAUGGAAAAGUGGUGCAAUGUUACGACAGAAAAACGAGAGAAAAAUAUGCACUCAAGGUUUUACAUGAUUGUGUGAAAGCGAGAAGAGAAGUUGAAUUACACUGGAGGGCAUCUAAUUGUAGACAUAUUGUUCAAGUUAAAGACGUUUAUGAAAAUUCAUAUAGUGGAAAUAAAUGUUUACUGGUAGUUAUGGAAUGUAUGGAAGGUGGAGAACUUUUUCAGAGGAUACAAGACAGACAAGACGGUCAGGACGGAGCUUUUACUGAACGAGAAGCAGCACAAAUUAUGUACGAAAUUUGUGUGGCUGUCAAACACCUUCAUGACAUGAAUAUUGCUCAUCGGGAUCUAAAACCAGAGAACCUUUUGUAUUCAAAACCAGAUAGUUUAGGAAUUUUAAAAUUGACCGAUUUUGGAUUUGCGAAAGAAACGCAUUUAAAAGAUACACUGCAGACGCCUUGCUACACACCGUACUAUGUUGCACCUGAAGUUUUGGGUCCGGAUAAAUAUGACAAAAGCUGCGAUAUAUGGUCUUUGGGAGUAAUUAUGUAUAUACUAUUAUGUGGAUUUCCUCCGUUCUACAGCAAUCAUGGAUUGGCAAUUUCGCCGGGAAUGAAGAAGCGAAUAACAUUAGGUCAGUACGAUUUUCCAGCUCCUGAAUGGUCUCACGUCAGCACUGAAGCUCGCGAUCUUAUCAAGGGAAUGCUAUGUACAGAUCCCGCUCAAAGGCUGCAAAUUGCCGAAGUAAUGCGCAAUAAAUGGAUCUCCAAACACACGGAAGUGCCGGCAACGCCCUUGCAUACAGGACGAGUUUUGAGGGAAGGUGAGGAACUUUGGCCGGAAGUUCAAGAAGAAAUGACUCGCUCUUUAGCGACAAUGCGAGUCGAUUACGAUACAGCAAAUUUAAAGCAAUUGGACAAUACAAAUAAUCCCCUUUUAAAUAAACGAAGACGAGCGAAACAGGCAGCUCCAAUCCCUCCGACAGCAAACGCAACCCCGGCGUCCUAGGGAAAGGCCGAAAUUUCAUGGCAUCCAAAAUGGAUUCAUUUUUUACGGCGAUGCAUCAAAUGCAUCAUUUUUGUUAUACGAAUUGUAUUCUGAACAGGGAGUUUUUUUCCGCGAGAGGGAGUCGAAAGACUUGCAAAAAAACUGACCCAAAUGAAAAGUAAGAAACAAACGUAAGUGUGGAAUUACGUACUUUUUUUCACAAAAGAUUUAAAUAAUUAUUAUAUUUCACUUAAAUUUUCAAUUUUCCUGCUCUGGAUACAUUUAUUAUUGUCUCAAAUAGAUUUUUGGAUCAAGUGCCUAAGGAUGAUCUAUGACACUUUAUAAUACCACCCAGAAAUUUUAUUUUGAGAGAAAAAGCAUUUUGUUAAUUAAUAAUUAUUCUGUUACUUAAAUAUUAAUAUUAUCAUAAAGACGUGAAAAAAGUCAAAAGCAAAAAAAUUGUACAUUGAGAUUAAAUCUGUAAUCGCACUCCUAUUAUAAUUGUACUAUACAAACGAUAUAAAUUUAAAUGUUAUGCUUAAUCCACAAAUUUAAAUUAGUCAAAAUUCAUUAAAAAUUGAUCUAAAUUAAGAAUAAAUUAGUCUAAUGAAAAAAAAA